GGAAAAGUCUUUAAUUUGAAGAACAAAGGAUGAAAAUUCAAUCCUGUUGUUGACAAAGACUUUCUCAAUCAUCUCUAAUGCUGGAUGGAAGAUGGCACAAACGUUUGGCCAGAUUGGUUAAAUGUCUUUAUUUUCUCAAUAGGUUAAAUAAUGUCUGAUGUCAGAAAUAAUCAGAUUAAUUCAAAGUGAGAAUCAGAAUUAUUACUGUUAAAAAUCAGAACAUUAAUGAACUGAGGCUAAAACACACCAACAUUUGUCUCAUACUAUAAAAAUCUUUCAAUUUUUCUACAUUUUCUCUUUAUCAGAUUAUUUUUAAUGUUUGAUUUUGAUGUUAUGCAAACCAAAACUACCAACACGUCUAUUUUUAAAGCCGACAUUCCUCCCUGUUUCUUCAUUCAUCUUUCUCGUGAUCCAUGAAACCAGCUGGAUGAGUCAAGACCUCACGGUCUCUGCUUCUCGUCUUCGUCUCCUCCUCUUCGUCAUCGAUUUCCACACAGACAGGUGUGGAGGGAGCUGGGAUAGCUAUGGAAACCUGCGUGGGAUUUGUUUGUGCCGACUGGGUGAACUGAUGGAGAAAACUGCCAAUCUUCCAGAUGAUUCAUUUAGUGUUUUUUUUUUCAACUUGUGAUGGAUACAAAUGGAGGAACUACGCAGCAUCACUGCUGCAACAGAAUAAAAACAUGCAUGAGAUUUUAUUUCUUGUUGGUUUUUUCUUUUUUUUUUUCAGGAAAUUUGUGAACUCCGUUUCCAAAAAGAGGGGAAAAGAGAGGGGACCAUGAACAGGUCAGAACUGGUUUCAGCUCCAUAUUUCCUCAGUGUUUCUCAGGCUGGAGUGUAGCUCCGCCUACACCUGACAUUCCUCUAUAAGUAACGUUUGUUUCCUCACACUGCAGCUUCCAGACGGCCGCGCAUCGGAAAACAUCUUCAACAAAAGCCUCCAGACCUCUACAGGUGUUCAAAGAAGACAAAUAGUUUUUUUCCACAAUGGGAUCGUCAGCUGUUCAGAUGGCAUGUGUGGCCUUCGGGGUCAUCGGGCUCAUUGGGGUCAUCGUCUGUUGCGCCCUUCCUCUCUGGAAAGUGUCAGCCUUCAUAGGAAACAACAUUGUGACGGCGCAGGAGAGCCAAGAAGGUCUGUGGAUGGAGUGUGUGAAGCAGAGCACUGGGCAGCAGCAGUGCAAAGUGUACGACUCCCUGUUGCAGUUAGGCUCUGACCUGCAGACCGCCCGCGCCAUGACCAUCAUCAGCUGCAUGCUCAGUGGGCUCAGCCUCCUCAUCCUCUUCUGUGGUGCCGACUUCACCACAUGUGUUCAGAACGAAGAGGCCAAGCCCAAAAUCAGCCUGGCGGCCGCAGUGGGCCUGCUGCUGGCCGGCCUGCUGGUGAUCAUCCCGGUCAGCUGGUCGGCACACAACACUGUGAGAGACUUCCACAACCAAUUGGUGCACGACUCCCAGAAGAGAGAGCUGGGAGCGUGCAUCUAUAUCGGCUGGGCAGCCGGCGUGCUGAUGCUCCUGGCUGGAGGUCUGCUCUGCUGCUUCAGCAGAUCCAGAUCCAGCAGCUCCGGAGGAACCGCCACCUACUACAGCAACAGCGCUUCAGCGCCAAACAAGAACUACGUGUAGAGGCCGUGUGAUACCAGAAACUGUAAAUACUUUAUGCUAAGAAUAUCUGAAUCUGAUUAUUAUCUCCAUAAUUUUAACAGUUGGUGCUGGAUGGCAUGAGCUCUGUAAAGUUUUAUUUCCAACAGUUUCUGAGCUGUUUUUUUUUCUAUCUUGGCAAAAUAGUUGAAUUUCCAUGAAUUUUCUAGAAAUUUGUGACAUAAUAAUGUAAAAGACAUAUGAAGAAGUCUCUCUAAGCAGCUAAAUGACAUAUUACAUGGAUUGUUACAGGCAAAUUACAAGACAAUAACCCAAAUGAUCAUGUUGUUUCCUGAUUUAGUCCAUUUUAUAUUCAUGAUUUCUUUGCUGCCAACCAGAUUUUCCACAGGAAACAUUUUCAUUGUUGUGUUUCUCAAGCUUCUGCAUUACUUUCUAUUCAUAAAACUAGUUUUGUUUCUCAUUUUGUACAUUGAUCACAAGAAAUUAUUAAAGCUUUGUCAGAUACAGAUAUGUUUGGAAAAAUGAAUAAAAUGUAUUGAAAAACACCAAA